AGUGUGGUAAUGCUGAUGUUUCGCGAGGAGAAGAGCCCGGAGGACGAAAUCAAAGCCUGGCAGUUUUGGCAUGGCAGACAGCACUCCGUUAAGCAACGGAUUCUCGACGCUGACACAAAGAACAGCGUCGGCCUGACAGGCUGCAUAGAGGAAGUCGCGCACAAUGCGAUUGCCGUUUACUGGAACCCACACGAAUCGUCGGCGAAGAUAAACGUGGCGGUGCAGUGCCUCAGCACCGAUUUCUCGAGUCAGAAGGGCGUGAAAGGUUUGCCGCUGCAUAUUCAAAUCGACACGUACGAGGAGCCGCCGCCUCACACGCACAAUUACACACCACCUUCCCAUCGUGGCUACUGUCAAAUUAAGGUCUUCUGCGAUAAGGGAGCGGAGAGGAAGACCCGCGACGAGGAGAGACGCGCUGCCAAGAGGAAGAUGUCGGCAACCGGCAGAAAAAAGCUCGACGAGCUUUAUCACUCCGUCACGGAGCGCAGCGAGUUUUACUCCAUGGCCGAUCUUCACAAACCGCCGGUGCUGUUCUCGCCGCCAGCCGAGCACGCCAUCGACAAGUUCUCGACGAUGGAGUUGUCGGGCUUCUACGGUGGUGGCGGCGGCGGGGGCGGGGGUGACACCGACACCUCGUCCCUCAGUAACGGUGAAGGUGGAGGAUUGAAAGCGGGGGGUAGCAGCCCCUAUCCGGCAUGCGGCAGACCCAGUUUGCCGGCCCUCAAGUUCCACAACCACUUUCCGCCCGACAAUCUCAGUAGUCUGCACGACAAGAAGGACUCGUUGCUGAUGCAGGUGCAGGAGCUGCAAGGCUCGGUGCUGCAGGGAGUGCAACAGGCCGGUCUCACGGGUGCGGUCGUGUCCAGCGUCAGCAAUCGUCUUCACCUGCAACAGCAGCCGGCGCACCUGCGUCCCGCGGACACCGAGGAGCGCGUGAUGCUGUACGUGCGCCAGGAGUCGGAGAACGUUUUCACGCCGCUGCACGUCACGCCGCCGACGGUCCAAGGGCUGCUCGAUGCUAUUGAGUCAAAGUACAAAAUUGCAUCCUCGAGUAUUAAUAACCUCUAUCGCAAAAACACAAAGGGAAUUACAGCGAAAAUUGAUGACGACAUGAUCCGGUACUACGUCGACGAGGACAUGUUUCUGCUGGAGGUGAGCCACUCGCGGAUCAACCCGGACCCGAGCGCGGACCGCAACCCGAACAAUCCGGGCUCGCCGGGCGACCCCAGUGACCCGGGAGAUCCACCUGCCACGGCCGUAUUCGACGUCACCCUCAUCGAGCUGCCGCCGCCGCCGCAUCUGCCGCACUCACCUCUCGCCAAUUCGGCGCACGCACACACGCACGUGCACGAUAACAGCAACACGUGA